GGGCGGCCGCGGCCGGAGGGUGUGCGGGGCCAUGGCGGGGGCGGCGGGGCCGCUGGAGCUGCUGCUGCACACAGCCACGGACCCCAGUAAGACCAAGCCCGACUGGGAAGGCAUCCAGAGGUUUUGCGACCAGGUCAAUGCAGAUGCGGAAGGGCCCUGCGUCGCUCUGAGGCUGUUGGAACACAAGAUCCAGUCCCCCCAGGAGGCAGAAGCCCUGCACGCCCUGACAGUCCUGGAGAUGUGUGUGGAUAACUGUGGGGAAAAUUUCCACAUCGAAAUGGGGAAGUUCCGGUUUCUCAACAGCCUCAUCAAGGUCCUGUCUCCCAAGUACCUGGGCGAGUGGUCGGCGGAAAGCGUCAAGUCUCGGAUCAUCCAGAACCUCUUCAGCUGGACUGUGUGGUUUCCUCAGGAAGUGAAAAUCCGCGACGCUUACCAGAUGCUGAAGAAACGAGGAAUUGUGAGGCAGGACCCCAGACUCCUGGAAGACAGGAUUGUGCCGCCCCCUCCGAGACCGGCGGGCUCCAUCUUUGAUGCUGAGGAUGAGAAGUCCCAGAGGCUGGUGAGGCUCCUCCAGAGCAAGAACCCGGAAGACCUGCAGGCCGCCAACCGCCUGAUCAAGGGGCUGAUCAAAGAGGAGCAGGAGAAAUCAGCGAAGGUGACCCGACGCACAAACGCCCUCAAGGAAGCCCACAGCCAUGGCAAGGCCCUGGAGGAGAUGCUGAGCCGCUGUCCUGCACAAGGCAAGGGGGGCGGCGUGACCCAUGCUGAGUGGCAAGACCUUCAGGACCUGCAGGCCAAGUGUGAGAAGCUGAAGCCCCUGCUGUUCCGCGUGGCCAGCGAGACUCUGGAGGACGAGGCGGCUUUGGCCGAGAUUCUGCAGGCAAAUGACCGCCUUGCUCGGGCACUUGGGUUGUGCAAGGCGGUGGUGGGCACAGGCAGGAGCCCUGCAGCCGGAGCCAUGGAUGCACCAGCAGGGCCCCUGUCCCCUGCAGACCCUGCUGGGAGCUCCUCCCUCAUCGACUUCUCUGAGCUGGACUCUGCCUUUGGUGCUCCCGGGUCCUUUCUGGAAAAGGCAAAGAGCAAGCCCUCCCCCUCCCCCCACUCUCUGGAUGAAGAGCUGGUGUCCUUAGGUCUUCCCGACAGCCCUGUGGGGGAGACUGCAUUCCUCAGUGGGCACCCUGGAGCGACCCCCCCAGCUCCCUCCAGCAUCUUGGCUGAUCUUUUUAUCCCUCUGGAAUCCAUCAAGCUGAGCCCCAUUCCCCCUGUCACUGUCUAUGAACGGGACGGCCUGAAGGCCCUGCUGCACUUCUCCAGGGAGCUGGUGCCCGGCCAGCCGGCUGCCCGCGUGCUGGUCUUCUCUCUCCUGAGCACAUCUCCUCACCUCACCCAACAGGUGGUGUUUCAGGCCGCUGUGCCAAAGGCCAUGGCAAUCAAGCUUCAGCCAGCCACAGGCUCCACCCUGCUGGCCUUCAACCCGCUGCUGCCCCCAGCGGUCAUUUCCCAAGUGCUGCUCGUGGCCAACCCUGUGAAGGUGCCUCUGCGACUGAAGUACAGGCUGCUCUACACCCAGAACCAGCAGCCCCACUGCGAAGAGGGGGAGGUGGCCGAUUUCCCCAAUGCGGAGCUGUGGGGUGGGAAUUGAAGAUGAGGCAGGAGUGGGGGGGGGGGCAGCUUGCCCUGAGCUUUCUGGAAGGGGCCAAGACCACCCGCAUCUUGACUCCUGAGCACCCAGAUAGGAUUUAGUUGGCCUUCUCUUUCUGCGAAUCAAUCCGCACCUUUUUGAAUAAAGAUAUUUAAUAAAAA